AUGAGCGGCUGGAACAAUACCGCUGCGGCACCAGCCAACCAGGACUGGGAUACUAGUGCUGCAAGUUGGAAUGACGGCACUCUUGACGCUGUGGCAGCUACAGGUGACGAUGGCUUCGGAGCUGAUGCUGCUGGCGAUGGUGGUAACAAUGACCGUGCGUGCCGCAACUGCGGUCUAGAGGGUCAUUUCGCCCGCGAUUGCACAGAGCCACGCAAAAUGGGUGCUUGCUUCAACUGCGGCCAGGAAGGUCACUCCAAAGCCGAUUGCACCGAACCUCGCAAAUUCAAAGGCGAGUGCCGCAACUGCAACCAGGAAGGCCACAUGGCUAGCGAUUGCCCUACCCGUGUCGUUACAUGCAAGAAUUGCCAACAGGAAGGCCAUGUAGCCAUCGACUGCAAGAACGCCAAGGUUCUCGACAAUUCUCGCGUGGCCGAGAAGAGCGAGGAUGAAGCGUGGGCCCUGCUUCAACAAGCCAGCGAGGAGCGCGACAUUGGUGACUUCAAAGAAGCAGUCCAGAUCCUUUCCAAGGCCUGCCCAGACUACACCUACCCCCAGCUUGAGAAAGAGUUCCGCGCCCGCGAGUUCAGCAUCUACCUGAUUGCGAUGGAGAAAGAUCAUGCCGCGGCUGGGAUGGAAACAUGGACCAACGUCAACCUGCAAGGCGACAUCGGCAAAAAGUACGCAGUCAGCUACUUCCUCUCGGACAAGCCUGAGCGUCUAGCGCUGGUCGACAAAUGGCCUGCUUCUGCAGAAGAGAACCUCGCUCGUUUGGCCGAUGCUGGGAUUCCUCUUAACCGUGGCGUUGAGAAGUGCAGCAACUGCAACAAGCUGGGACAUACUGCUCGUCGCUGCCCUGAUGAGAAGAUGGCCAGCGUCCAGCCUGUCGUCGCCUGCUACCUGUGUGGUGAACAAGGCCACCGUGUCCGUGACUGCGCCAUGGAGCGCAAGAGCACCAGUCGUGCCUGCAAGAUCUGCGAAUCCGAAGACCACAUGGCCAAGGUACAUCUCAUGUCUGCCACUCUCCAGACGCUCUUACAACCAACUAACCAUGUGUCUGUGCAGGACUGUCCGAACAAGGAGAAGCGCACCUGCCGCAACUGUGGUGAGGAGGACCAUAAGGCCGCCGACUGCCCUAACCCGAAGAAGAUCACUUGCAACAACUGCGGCGAGGAGGGUCACAUACGAGCUGAAUGCCCCAUGCCGCGCAAGAAGAUCAACUGGGCCGAGGUCACGUGCAGCAAGUGUCAGCAGAAAGGCCACGGACGUGCUCGCUGCCCUGAGGCCGAUCCCGGGGAGAAGCAAGUCGCCGGCGCGAGUGGCUUCGAUACAGUCGACAGCGGUGCUGACGGUGGCGGUUGGAAUGCCCCUGCCAACGCUAGCUCUGCGCCAGCUGAGUGGGAGAUUGCGCAGCCUAACACUGCGGCAGCUGGUUUCGCUGAUGCUGGCUGGUAA